AUGGCGGCCUGUCAGAGAGCCUGCUCCCCAGCGGUGCGUCUCUGUCAGAAACUGAACCGACUCAAGACCUUAGAGGAUGACAUGAUGGCCACCUCUCUGAAGCGCUGCCUCAACACACUGGACUUAACCCUCAUGGGAGUCGGUGGCAUGGUUGGCUCUGGUCUUAUGUGCGUGAUUGUUUUUGUCUUGGUUUUUGGCUUCAUCCUUGCCGAGCCUGCAAACUGGAGUCAACAAGAGGGAGGAUUUGCGCCCUUUGGGAUGUCAGGGAUACUCGCAGGUUCAGCUACUUGCUUCUAUGCGUUUGUGGGCUUUGAUGUCAUCGCCUCGUCCAGUGAGGAGGCUAAGAACCCCCAGAAGGCCGUACCAAUCGCCACUGCUGUGUCUCUAGGGUUGGCAGCCGUGGCGUACAUCCUAGUUUCAACAGUGCUAACGCUGCUUGUGCCCUGGCAUACCCUGGACCCAGAUUCAGCUCUGUCAGACGCCUUCUUCCGUCGUGGAUACAGUUGGGCCGGGAUCGUUGUGGUCGUGGGCUCUAUUUGUGCAAUGAACACAGUGCUGCUCUGUAACCUCUACUCCCUUCCUCGGAUCGUGUACGCAAUGGCUGAAGACGGCUUAUUCUUCUCUUUUUUUGCACGAGUAAAUCCUGUCAGCAAAGUCCCUGUCAACGCUAUUAUAGUUUUUGGCUUUAUCAUGGCAAUUAUCGCUCUUAUUUUUGACCUUCAAGCCUUAGUUCAGUUUUUAUCCAUUGGCACACUCUUGGCUUACACUUUUGUGGCCGCGAGCAUUAUAGUUCUACGCUUUCAGCCGGAAAAAGCCACAAUAAAAACCGGCACAUCUUCUAAUGCAAACGUCGAUCCUUCUCUGGCCCGUUCCGAGUCCCAGACAUUCAAAGAGGAGAGCGGCGAGCUAAAGCAGUAUGAAUCCUUCUCAGACAAACUCCAGCUGGUGGAGAGAACCAAGGCUACGGAGAGGCGUUCCGUGGGGCAGUUGAGGGCACGUUGGGAUCCCUAUCUCGGACGUUUAGUUGGAGAUUUUGAGCCAGGGGAAGUGGUGGCCUUUUGUGUGCUCAUCCUCCUGGUCAGCUCUGUGUCGCUUUGUGCUGUGGUAAUAUUCGGAAGCAAACCACUCGAAUUACCACUGUGGAGCUCAUCAGUGCUGAUUGUGAUUUUUAGUUUGGCUUUUGUCAUCAGUUUAGCUCUUAUAUGGGCUCAUGAGCCGCAGAGAAACACCAAGACAUUCCAGGUUCCAUGCGUUCCACUGACUCCAGGCGUCAGUAUCCUCGUUAACGUGUUCCUAAUGAUGAAGCUUAGUGCAAUGACCUGGAUCAGAUUUGCUGUCUGGAUUGGUGUAGGAAUCGUGGUGUACUUUGGCUACGGGAUCUGGCACAGUAAGGAGGGAAAGCGGGAGCUGCACGCUGCAGACAUGGCGGCCCGUUACGUGGUUCUUCCCAGUGGAAGUUUAGUGGAAACAGUGCAGUCAGUGCAGCCUGAAGGGCAGGCGGAGCCCUCUGCCCUCAGCCCUGCCCCUACAGGCGACUUUCAGGAGAAGAGAUGA